AUGAGCGGCGAGCAAGUUUACGGCGUCACCCCGCCCAUCUCGGUGUCGCUGCCAACAGAGAUUGAGAAGCGGGUUAGCGAAUCUUUGAUCGAGGAACUCCGUCGUCAAAAGACUUUUGAGAGUCCCUCCGAUACGCAAAACAGAUUUACCGUUCUCGAGUCGCUUCAGAUAAUUACAGACGAGUUCGUGAAAAAGGUCGCCCGUGAAAAGGAACCGAAAAACGAUAUUCUCAUCAAGAAUGCACGAGGCAAGGUAUUUACCUACGGUAGCUUUCGCCUCGGUGUCUUUGGUCCCGGUUCCGAUAUCGAUACCCUAAUUGUUGCUCCGAAAUAUGUUACGCGCGAAGAUUAUUUUAAAUACUUUCCAGAUCUCCUCACCGAGAUGGCGCCCAAAGACUCUAUUACCGAUAUCACGGCCGUCACUGAUGCCUUUGUGCCUAUCAUCAAGUUCGAGUACUCCGGCAUCAGCAUCGAUUUGAUCUUUUCUCGGAUCAUCCAGAAGCAACUUGCUCCCGAUUUCACAGACCUCAGAGACUCUGGCUUUCUGCGUGGUCUUGAUGAAGCGGAGCUCCGCUCCCUCAACGGCACCCGAGUCACGGACGAGAUUCUAUCUCUGGUUCCGGAACAGAGCACUUUCAGACUGGCCCUGAGAGCUAUCAAGCUCUGGGCGCAGCGUCGAGCAGUAUACGGGAACAUUAUGGGUUUCCCAGGCGGUGUCGCCUGGGCUAUGCUUGUCGCCAGAGUCUGUCAGCUGUAUCCCAAAGCCGCCACCUCGGUGAUUGUCAACAAAUUCUUCUUGGUCAUGAGCCAGUGGCGAUGGCCCCAGCCGGUGUUACUCAAGCCUAUCGAGAACGGCCCUCUUCCAGUCCGCGUCUGGAACCCCAAAGUGUACAAGGGUGAUUCCUUUCACUUGAUGCCCAUCAUUACCCCAGCGUACCCAUCUAUGUGCGCUACCUUUAACAUCACGCGAUCCUCGAUGAGCAUCAUCAAGCGAGAGCUUCAACGCGGACUCGAGAUUUCAGAGCAGGUGAUGGUAGGAAAGCAGCCUUGGAGCGACUUAUUUGUCAAACACACGUUUUUCACUACAGGUUACAAGUACUACAUCUCAGUGGUCUCGGCCAGUAAAGCAAAGGAGCCGCAUAAGUUAUGGGCAGGGUAUAUUGAAUCCAAGGUCAGAAUGCUUGUGCAAAAACUGGAGCAGCACCCUCACAUUGCUCUGGCACACCCGUAUGUCAAGGGCUACUCACGAAGGCACAUUUGCAAGAAUGAAAAGCAAAUCGAGCAAGUGCAGGAGGGUAGCCUCGAUUUUGUUGUUUCUAGUAACGUUCAGCUGGACAUCGAGAGUAGCGAAAGGAAUGGCGAGCCUACUCUAGCCGCCGAUGGUGAAGACAAGCAGACGCUCUCCGAGGUCUUCACCACGACUCAUUACAUUGGCCUUGAGCUAGAAGAAGGUUUGUUUUCUCUUGGCCGCGAAGAAUUUUGUCUGACAUUAGUACCAGGUGCCAAAUCUCUUGAUCUGUCAUACCAAGUCGACGAAUUUAAGGUAUUAUGCACUACAUGGCAGAAGUACCAGGAGGAAUUGAAGCCGGUGGUAUCUAUCGGAGUUCAACAUGUGCGCAAGUACGUUUACCCCACUUGCGAGCUGCCGUCAUAUGCUCACAAGCGAAGUUUCAACCUUCCGGACGACGUUUUUGAAGCAGGUGAAAAGAAGCCUCAAAAGAAGUCCUCCAAGGGCGCCAACGGGAAGAAGCGUGGCGCCACCGAGGUAAUGCCGCUACUUGCAAUCUUCUACGCUGUGGCUAAAGCGGUCGAAGUAUAUCCCUCCUAA